UGGAGGGGGCGGUGCCUCGUGGUUCGGGGUCUGGCGGUGAACGAGAGGUCGGUGGUCUCAGAGCUGAAGCAACCACGACCGUGCAGCGGUCCCGUUGGCGCCAUGGCGUUCUGCAGCUUCUUCGGGGGCGAGGUUUUCCAGAACCACUUUGAUCCGGGUAUGUACGUGUGCGCCAAGUGUGGCUACGAGCUCUUCUCUAGCCAUGCAAAGUAUGCUCACUCGUCUCCAUGGCCAGCCUUCACCGAGACUAUCCAUGCUGACAGUGUGGUCAAGCAUCCAGAGCACGGUCGGCCUGAAGCCUUAAAGACAAAGAAAAUGCUGCCUCCCAGGGGAAGUAGGUGGGCAGCUCUCAGCCUCCUCAGAUGGGUACUGCGUGGUGACCACGCUCUGGCCACCCUAAUUUGGAAUUUGAACCCCAGACAUUCAAACAGGGAAUGGGGGGUGGCUGAAACAUCAGGAAGGCUCACGAGGCCUUGGCUCUGCACUGGGUCUCCUUGGGAAGAGUACUAGUUGGCCACUUAUGGCUCAUAUCCUGCUGCCAGGAUGGGCCUGGAGUGCCCAGCUUUUAGCUCAUCUUGGCUUCAAGGAGGUGGGCUCUAGGCCUGGCUCAUCUGUGAGUGGCGACGUGCCCCACCUUUACUUCUCCUCAGUCCAGUACCCCCUCCUUGCCUGUUGGGACUCGCCCCUAUGGGGUCCAAUUUUAAGCCCUCACCAAAGCUGGCUCUCAGCAAAGCUGGUGCCCAUCUCCCUCAAGCUGUGCUGGGGGCCAGAAUGCAAAUGGAGGAGUUCCUAGCUGGCUGCUCCAGCCUCAGUCACUGCAUGAUUCAUUCUGGUUAAACCCUUCUAGGCAGCCAGAGUGUUGAUGAUCUGUGACCUAUGGUCAGAGUGGGUAGAGGGGACAGACCUUUGGUCUCUUAGUUAGGAGAAUAGAAACCCUGAACACUGUUUCACAAUCUGUGUGCCUGCUGCUUGCCUCACAUGGGCUUAAGAAAGCCUCUAUUGCUUCAUUACCUUGACUACACAAGGUUGGGGGCUCUGGAGCUCACAGCCUACAGUCCACAGCUUCCCAGGGCACAGUGACCACUCUUACCUGCACAUGUGCUAAAUCUCUUGCAAUCUGGGAGGUGGGUGAUGCUGAAGCCCUCCUUCCCAUUGUGAAUCCUAUCGGGAGUAAUUAGGAGGAUGUGAAUAAACAAAUGAAAUCCA